AUGGAUGAGAAAAAGAGGCUCGUCGAGUACGUGACCAGGUCCCUCAACGAAGAGGAGGACUUUCACUUUCUCCGGUUCGAGUUCCUCCAGCGGCUCAACAUCGUCAACCUGCAAGUCCAGCUGGCGCGCAUCAAGAGCCGCAUCCAGCGAGACAGAGAGGCGUCCGCGGAUGUUGUCGAGGACCUAGCCGCCAAGCUGCAGCAAUACGCGACCGCCAUCCGAGACUACCAGUUCCUGAGGAACAAGGCCAGCGUGGAGAGAGCAGAAGUGCCGCAUCGCAAGCUCCUGCUGCAAAAGUACCUCCAAUCAGAGUCGGACUUUGGCGACCCCUUCGAGUCGCACUAUUCGUACUUUCAUGACGCAGACGGCCGAGUCGAUCCGCUCCGGACCGCCAUGAUGAGAUACCUGCCCGCCCACCUGGCCUUUUCCCGCCAAGAGCGGCACGAGCGCGGCAAGGAGUUCACCGAGGGCAAGUCGCCCCGGGCGGUGUCGGGUCCCGUCGACCGCCUCGUCCGCUUCAUCGUGGCCGUCACCGGAGGCGUCUUCCUGGUCGUGCCCAUGAUCAUCAUGACGCUGCAUCCGUCGCAGACCAAGAGCCUGGUGACGGUGUCGGUCGCGGUGCUCAUCUUUUCGCUCAUGCUGUCGUUUGUCGUACGCGUCUCCAACGUCGAGACGCUCGUCUCUACGGCCACGUACGCGGCUGUGCUGGUUGUCUUUGUCGGCACGAGUACUGCCAGCUCAUGA